GACCGGAUUCUGGGAGGCAUCGACCUGACCAUGAUCCUCCCUCCUCUCACCUGCGGGUCGAACCAGCUCUCCCAUCCAGUGAAGGCCACACAGGAGGCAUGACAGAUGAGAAAUGUCCCCAGCUGGUGGACUACUUUGUGGUGGCGGGUCUGGACCCUGCUGGACCCUGGAAGUCCCUGGACGAAGACGGCCGGACCUCCUCCUUCCCUCCCUCCUCGUCUUCGGUGUCGGUCCGGGCAGGAGAGCCGGUGACGGACCUGGUGGUCAUCGCUCGGGGUCUCGGGGAGGAAGUACCAGAAGGUUUCACCUGCAUCGAGAAGACCCUGGGGGGUCACUCUGCCGAGCUGAGCGCCGGCCUCAUCAACAACCCGCACCUGUACCUGUGCUACCGGAGAGGGCGGGACAAACCGCCCAUACUGGACCUGGGGGUUCUAUAUGAGGGGAAGGAGCAGCUGAAACAGGGAUGGUACGUCAUCGAGACCACGCCCUACAGUCGCUCAGCCAGCUUGAGCUCUGGUGGCGCUCCCACGGCCCACCGGGUCUUCCUGACCUACCGCCGGGCUCUGGACUCACAGGGUCUGGAUACGCUGGGAGUCACUGACAUCGCCCUGCUGAUGCCUAGCAAGGGGGAGGUGGCACCGCACACCUUCUGUCGGGUCGACAAGAACCUCAACACUGGCAUGUGGGGUCCAGCUCUGCACGUGUGCUACAAGAGAGCCGUGGCCAGAACCAACGCCCUGGUGUUCGAAGCCAGUCUGAUCAGCCGGUACCCGGUGGAGGACCUGGAGGCGUUCCCUCUUCCCGAGUCGGUGCCGGUCUUCUGCCUGCCAAUGGGCGUCACCGUGGAGAGCUGGCCGCUGAACUCCAAGUACCAGCUGCCCAUUUUCUCCACCUUCGUCCUCACGUCCGCCUCCGGAGACAAGGUUUACGGAGCUGCCAUCCAGUUCUACGAGUCCUUCUCCAGGGAGCACCUGUCGGAGCGGCAGAACAUCCGGCUCGGCCUUCUCAGCGUGGUGGACCGGCGGCCCAUCACCGGCCGCAGUCUGCAUGCCAAGAAGAGCAUCUGCGUUCUCUCCCACUGGCCGUUCUUCACAGUCUUCCAGAAGUUCCUCACCUUUAUCUACAGAUACUCCAUCUCCGGGCCGCAUGUCCUGCCGCUCGAGAAACACAUCUCCAGUUUCAUGCACAACGUCCCGUUUCCUUCCCCUCAGCGUCCUCGGAUCCUCGUUCAGCUCUCACCCUAUGACAACUUGCUGCUCUGCCAGCCGGUCUCCUCGCCACUUCAAAUCAGCGGAGCAAGCUUCUUGAAGCUCCUGCAGAACCUGGGUCCAGGGAACGCCUGCACACUGCUGCUGGCCGUCCUCACCGAACACAAGCUCCUACUGCAUUCGCUGCGACCCGACGUCCUCACAUCCGUCAGCGAAGCCCUAGUCUCUAUGACCUUCCCCCUGCGCUGGCUCUGCCCCUACAUCCCUCUGUGCCCGCUGCAGAUGGCCGACGUGCUUCUGGCGCCGAUGCCCUUCAUCGUCGGCGUUCACUCCAGCUACUUCGACUUCUACGACCCGCCGCCAGAAGUCAUCUGCGUCGACCUGGACACCAACACCAUCUUCCAGUCUGAUGAUAAGAAGCAGUUGUCAUGGCGAUCGUUACCUAGGAAGCACGGAAAGAGUCUGUUCAGCACCCUGACCAACCUCCACAGGACCCUGGAGAAGAUUUGCAGUCCCGGCCAGGAGGAGGCGACCUUGGAGUUCCUGCUAACAGACUACGACCAGAUCUACAGGCGUCAGAAGCAGCUGGAGCUGGAGAUCCAGGAGGCCUUCCUCCGCUUCAUGAGCUGCCUGCUGCGAGGAUACCGGGCCUACCUGCUGCCCAUCACGCAGGCGCCGUCCGACACCACCACCGACUGCAGCUCCCUGUUCAACCUGCAGGGGUUCCUGAAGUCUCGCGAGCGAGCCCAGCAGAAGUUCUAUGUCCAGCUGACCAGGACUCAGAUGUUCACCCAGUUCAUCGAGGAAUGCUCGUUCGUCAGCGACCGACACGCCUGCCUGGAGUUCUUCGACGAAUGCGUCCAGAAGGUGGAUGUGGAGAAGCCAGAGGAGGUGAGGCUGGUGGAUCUGGAUGAGACCCACAGCGGAGAACACACCGUCUUCAUCAUGCCGCCUGAAGAGCCGCAGGAAGCUGAUGGCUCUGAGUGCGCCGCCCACUACAGUUAUGAGACAUUCCCUACGCUGAAACCAGAACUGUUUGACCGACCGCAGGACCCGCUCCGAGUCCCGGCCAAAGGAAGCGCCCCCAACAGCCCCGCCCCACGACGCACCAAACAGGAGAUCAAGCUGGCCCAGAAACGAGCUCAGAAGUACUCUGCGGUCCCAGACAUGUGGUCCAAGUGCUUGUUGGGUCACUGUUACGGCCUCUGGUUCAUCUACCUUCCCACCUUCGUCCGGGCCGAGAGCUCCAAGGUCCGGGCCCUUCACACGGCCUACAACGUCCUCAAGCACAUGGAGACCCGGAAGGUGGUGCUGCCAGAUGAGGUGUGUUACCGCAUCCUGAUGCAGCUGUGCGGUCAGUACGGUCAGCCGGUCCUCGCCGUCAGAGUCCUGCUGGAGAUGAAGAAGGCUGGAAUCACUCCCAACACCAUUACCUACGGAUACUACAACAAGGCCGUUCUGGAGUGUAAGUGGCCAUCGACCAAUCAGGGUGGUCGUCUUCGCUGGGCUAAGCUAAGGAACGUCCUAUUGGCUGUGUCCCAGUUCAGACAGCCAAUCAAACGACGGCGGAAGAGCGGUUCUGUGGGCUCCAGAGGAGAAGCCAUGAUAGAACCGGGCCAGAAGCCCCGCCCACAGUCCGCUCUGAUUCGUCAGUCUAGCUGGAGCGGCCUGAAUGAAAGCUCCAGUCACGAGUCUCUGAGCGGGUCGCUGGUAAAGAGCUGCAGCCUGAGCAGCAUGAAGACGCCUGGCAACAAGAUCAAAGCUUGUAAGAAGUCGUCCCUCCUCCACGGUUCAGGGACGGAUGGGGACGCCGUUCUCCGUAAACCGCAGCUGGGUCGUAGAGAGGCAUCUGCUCCACCUGCAGCGCCCUCUGUAGGAGCGGUGGUGCGGCGCAGUGACGUCUGCCUCUCCACCUUCUACGCUGAGUGUGUGGAGUCGGAGCUGGACUCCAGUGGCGAUCCAGAGGAGAGAUACAGCAGGUCUGACAGAACAAGACGUUCUAGUGACAGAAACAAGGACGGCGUCGUAGAUGAGAAUUCCAACCACGUCGCGUCUCCGAGCCGAGCCGGUCUGGCAGGAAAACUGCAGCAGCUUAUAACACCAACCAGACACAGAGGGUCGGUAAGGCGAGCCGCCAGCGUUGAAAACCGCCGGUCAGGAAGAGGAGGAAGAGACGACGGAGGUAUUGGCCAGAGAGCGUCGGAUCAGAGGCAGUCCAAGAAAUCCCAAAUGGCUGAAUCUCUCCUGAGGGCAAAGGAGCGGCUGGUGAACGCCACCUCUGAGAGCUCGCUGUCUGUAGGAAGUGACCUGGACCUUACAGAGACGCCAACCUCUUCAUAUCCUCUGCGCAGGUCGUGGGACGCCAACCAGGAGGGGGCUGGGAUGGAGGUUCUGAUGUCCAGCUGCUCGCUGUGCCGCAGCUGCAAUUCGCUGGUUUACGACGAGGAGAUCAUGGCGGGCUGGACCUCUGAUGACUCCAACCUGAACUCAGCCUGCCCGUUCUGCGGCGCCUCCUUCGUCCCGUUCCUGAACGCAGAAUUCUGCGACCUGGGACCCGUCAGCAGUGCGGAGCGUUGUAACAUGAACCUGGAGGACGAGGUGGAGAGUGCUGUGAGGCCCCCUGGUGGUCAUGAGGGUUCUCUGCGACCUCACUGUAACGGACUGAGCGACGACUCCAGCUCUGAAACCAGCACCUACUCUGAGACCAGCAAGGCCACCACGGUGUCAUCGGUGGGAGCGACUCCUCAGGUGACGGUGGCCUAUCUGAGUCCUCUGGUUCUGAGAAAGGAGCUGGAGAGUCUGCUGGAGAACGAGGGCGAGUCGGUUCUGGCCCAGCCGCAGUUCCUGGACAGCCACUCCAUCAUCUUCUGGAAUCUGUUCUGGUUCUUCCAGCGACUCGGCUUGCCCAGUAACCUUUUGGAGCUGGUGCGCAGCUCACCGCUGCUCAGCCAGUUCACACAGUCAGAGAACUGUGCAGUGAGGGUCCGGCUCCUCUGGGACACCCUGAGCCCCGACACAGACCAGUGGCCUCCGCUCUAUGUCCUCUGGAGGAUCCACAGUGGCGUCCAAAUGAGAAGCUACAGCUGGAGGCGACACAACCACCCGUUCACCCUGUCCUUCCUGGAGGAGGUGCUUCGCUGGGUGGGCAUGAACGAGGUGCACAAGGCCAUCACGCUCUUCUUGGACACCCUGGAGAAACAGCCAGGGUCUCCACAGAUCCAGAGAAGUCUCUACAGAGAGUUCCUGUUUCUGACUAUGGCAGCGAUGGGGAAAGACCACAUAGUUGCUUUUGAUAAGAAGUACAAGGCGGCGUACCUGCGCCUCGGCAGUUCUCUGGGUCGGGAUGAGCUCCGCAGGAAGAAGGUUCAGCCUCCUGGUACCAAAGCCAUCGACUGCAGAAGAAGCUUCCACCCGCCGCUGGAGUGCUGAGGGUUCCCUACCCUGGGAGAGGGGACAGUGGCAGACCCAACCCCGCAGCCUCCACCUGCUUCACCUCUCUGCUGCCUCCUGGUGGAGGCCAGAGUAACGUGCGCCUUCCUUUCAUCCUCAGCAGGUCCAGAAGCGGUCGAAGAAAUCGGAUCGGAGUGUAAACCGAUCUCGGAUCGGUUCUACAGAGGAUGGAAGACGUGUUUGCACGAGAGCAGGGAUCAGCUGCAUCCCGGAUCUGAACUGGAGGUGCUGUCUUCCUGAACUGGAGUUCUAAUGGGACGUUUGUUUUCCCUACAGGGAGACUUUAAGGACUUUAUUGUCGAAACUCCUCAGAACCUGUUUGAUAAGUGCGGAGUUUGUUUGGAUCGGCUGCUACAUUUUUUCCAUGAAUCUAUAUUUAGUGAUGUUUCCUGUGAAUUUUCUCCAGAGAGAUUCUUCGGUCUCUAAACAUCAACGCUUCCAGUCCUCCAGAGUUUUAGUUCCUGUCGUGGAUGCAGUUUGAGCAGCUGAUCACAGAACAUCUGUAAUUUCCUUUUGGGCUCCGUUCAGCUCAGAUAGAACAGAACCGGAUCGGCCGCCUGAUAGGCUGCAGUGAUACGCAGACUGAGAAGUGUUGUUCUCCUUCUCCAUUAGAGCCAAUCACUGGAAAAUUCCCAAAAGAAAAUGUAAAAUAUUGGAGCGAUUGGUUGGUUGAAUACAAGCCAGAACCCAGAAAAGGCUUUGAGUUUUUAUUAACGAGUGAGGAAGAAUAACAUGCUGGUUCUGAACUCGCUUAUCUGUUUAUUUUUAACUUUAAGACCAGAACUUUGACUUCAGAACAAAAAUGUAUCCAUAAAUUAUUCCUUGUUACUCCGGGUCGUCCGGAUCCAAACCCGAGCUGCAGGCUGAGCAUCGGAUCGGUCUCAUUCGACUUAGACUUUAGCUCCUGACCCGGUUCCUGUCGGGGAAGAUCAGGUCUGGUUUCACUGGGGGUUAAAAAUGGCUCCGGCUGUUAGGAAUGAACGAUAUGAUGGGGAUGAGAAGUUCCAGAUGAUUCUGAUUACUGAAUGAUUUCCCAGGAAGGAUCCGGUUCUGCUUCAGCCG